CGAAAGCAUUGCGUUGUGCGUUUUGAGUUUCGGAGCAGCCAGCUUUCCUUGAUGGCUAAAUCCUUUGGGGCAGAGCGUCAGUGGUUACCUAGUGGUGAUUUUUGCGGAAAGAAACACAUUAAUAGUAUGCGUGCUUAACUGUGCGUCACAGCUGCUGGUAAUCUAGCCUCUGGUCGUCCCGUUAAGCUCCUUGAACUACAAGUCGCUCAGGACUGUUGACAGAUUUGGUGAACUGUUUUGAUUUCCAUAGCGCUUUUCGAGAAAGCGAACGCUGGGGCGGCCCACCCACUGCCCCCUAACCGGGCGGGGCGCCCCGUAUACAUCUGCAUAGCCAAAUACUUACACAGGUUUAUAGAUUUCAAACAGCCAUGGGCUCCUUGGAAGAGCUGCUGUCCAGUAUCAACUCGGGCAUGGUCGAUGUGACCGCAUCGGAAGCCGUCAAACGCCAGCCUCGCAAGCCUAAGGCGCAGACCGACCUCCAAAAACGCCUUCGUGGCCAGGCGGGCGCCGUAAACAACGCCCAGGGCCAUGGCCCCAAAGCUGCGGAGAAGCGAGGCAGCACGGCAGCCAGAGCCACGCCACCUCCAGCACCUUCCUCCACCGCUGCGGCCUCGGCCCCAGGAUCCGGCGGCUCCUCCGGGCCCUCCUCCACCUCAGCAGCCGUAGCCACCGCUGCUACCGCUGCUCCUGCCGGCCCACCGCCCCUCGCGCCUAACGCGCCCCUCACCAUGCGCCUAAAGCGCGUCCUCGACCUGCUCCGAGCCUUCCGCAACCCGCAUACCUUCUCCGACAUCCGUUCCAAACUAGCAGUGGACCUCGCAACCGAUUCCGAACUGUUAGAACAACUCAUAACCCACAACCAAGUGUCGUACGAUCGUGAUGCUCGUACACUCCGUUACCGGCCCAAAGUGCCCGGCAUCAACAACGCAACCGACCUGCUUAACUACCUGCGCCGGCAUACAACGGUCGAGGGCGCUAGCAGUGCCGUACCGAUGACGGGUGUACGACUGGCUGACGUGGCGGAUGCGUAUCUCGGGAUAGCCGAGGACCUGAAGCGGCUGCAGGCGGAGGGCAGCGUGUAUGUGUUUGGUAACACGGGGCCGGGGCAGGACACCAUAUACGCAGUGUCAAGCCUGAACAUGGGCCCCGUCAGCGAGUCCGUCAUUGAGCUCUUCCACAACACGCGGCUGCCCGCAGACGUGGUGGACCUGCAGUGGCGCGUGAAGGAUCUGGGACUCAAGUCCGCACUGGCAGCCCGGCCGGUACGGAAGAAGGACGCGGAGGCGGGCGACAAGAAGAAGAAACGUCGGAAGGUGGAGCGGCGGUUUAAUGUGGAUAAGGCGACAAAUGCGCACAUGCGGGAGCUAUUUGAGGGCGCGCAGCCGACGAACAUUGACACCAAGUAGCACGGUAGCUGUGUAGGGGAGAUGUAGUACGGGGGUAGUUGUGGGGUGCGUAGAAGCAAGCAAUGGAGCACGAGGAAAGGAAGUCGACGGCGCUACAAGCGGUUCCCAAUGUGGCGUGAAGUUAAGUAGUGGAGGAAAAGAAUAGGACUAGUUAGGACUAGGACUAGGGGGCAUAGGGGCUGGCUGGUAGCAAGGAAGGGUUAGGCGGAGGCGCAGGGGUAGGAGCAGUAGUAAUGGUUUCGAAGUGGCAGCAGGGUUGUUGGCAAGGUUAGGUGAAAGAGUCUUUGGAGGAGGGAGCUUGGUGUAUGUGUAGCAUACGACGGAGGGGUUGCAUGGCUGAUAGUCCGCAACGUGCCCUGUUGAGCGACGUAUGUACAGGAAUAAGUUUCGAAGGAGAGACCAGCUGAGGAGUACUGCUGCGUUAUUAGGUUAGAGCCGAGUCAUCCGGGUCAGGGGCUGUUAGGACAUUGGGGGGCUUGAUUAAAUGAUCAGUGGC